UGAUCCCCCAGCCUCAGCCGCCGCCGCUAGUGCUGCCGCUGCUGCCGCGCGCCUGGGCGCCCGAGCCUGUGCCGCUCCGCCCGCCGCGGCCCGCGGUUCGGCCGAGCGAUGCUGCUGCUGGCCGCCGCCUUCCUCGUGGCCUUCGUGCUGCUGCUCUACAUGGUGUCUCCGCUCAUCAGCCCCAAGCCUCUCGCCCUGCCAGGGGCGCACGUAGUGGUUACAGGAGGUUCCAGUGGCAUUGGAAAGUGCAUUGCAAUUGAGUGCUAUAAACAAGGAGCAUUUAUAACUCUGGUUGCACGAAAUGAGGACAGGCUGCUGCAGGCCAAGAAGGAAAUCGAAAAGCACUCUAUUAAUGACAAACAGGUGGUGCUCUGUAUCUCAGUUGAUGUAUCGCAAGACUACAACCAAGUAGAGAAUGUCAUAAAACAAGCUCAGGAGAAACUGGGCCCAGUGGACAUGCUUGUCAACUGCGCAGGACUAUCACUGUCAGGAAAAUUCGAAGAUCUCGAAGUUAGCACUUUUGAAAAAUUAAUGAGCGUCAAUUACCUGGGCAGCGUGUAUCCCAGCCGAGCAGUGAUCACCACCAUGAAGGAGCGCCGGGUGGGCAGGAUCGUGUUUGUGUCUUCUCAGGCGGGACAGUUGGGAUUGUUUGGUUUCACGGCCUACUCUUCAUCCAAGUUUGCCAUAAGGGGAUUGGCGGAAGCUCUGCAGAUGGAGGUGAAGCCAUACAACGUGUACGUCACGGUGGCCUACCCACCCGACACCGACACCCCCGGCUUCGCCGAGGAGAACAAAACCAAGCCCUUGGAGACUCGACUGAUCUCAGAGACCACAUCUGUUUGCAAGCCAGAACAGGUGGCCAAACAAAUUGUUAAAGAUGCCAUACAAGGAAAUUUCAAUAGUUCCAUCGGCUCAGAUGGGUACAUGCUCUCAGCCCUGACCUGUGGGAUGGCUCCAGUAACUUCUAUCACUGAAGGACUCCAACAGGUGGUCACCAUGGGCCUUUUCCGCACAAUUGCUCUGUUUUACCUGGGAAGUUUCGAUAGCAUAAUUCGCCGCUGCAUGAUGCAAAGAGCAAAAUCUGCAAUCGCAGACAAAACUGACUGAUUUGUGGAAAAAGACUGUUUCCAAAAAUGAUUUGAACAGCUUGCUGCUACACGGGACCCACCUUUUGGCCUACAGACACUAUGUCUUGUCUUCGAAUAUGUGGUUGGACCAGUGCUCUUCAGAAGCAAGAGGAUAGAAGUUCAUUCCGGACAAUGUCGUUACACUAUGCAAACACGGACCAGGAGCGUUUGGUUUCUGGCCUCUGAGGGGGGCAUGGUGGUGGUGUGAGAACUGAUAGCACGUAAACAGGGUAAAGAACAGAAUGCGAGUGAUGACUUAAAUUGUUUCUAUUUAUUCUUUUUUUUUCCCCCUAUAGAGAUCAAGUCCAGAAAUGUACUUUAUGGCACAUAAGAAUAGGUCUGGAGGGCUUUUUAAAACUUUCCAUGAAAGGCAGUUUAUGGAUUUCUGGGCUUUUUUUUUUUUUUUUUUUUUCUGCUUCCUUUUUAACUUGGUGUAUUUUACUCGAGAUGAGUUUUACUCAUUGCCGGUGAGUCUGAAUUACUGAGUCUGAGUGUCGUGGACACCUCUGUGCCGUGCUCGGGGGUCUGCUGCUGGUGGGCGCUCUCUCCCUCUGAUCCCGUGAAGCUGCGGGGGAUGGGAGAGGGCAGUGGAGCGAGAGGUAAGGAGAUCAGACUUUUCCAAUCUUCUUUAGACCCUAAUGCUUCGCAACUUUCCAUAUUUUAUUCAUGGGGAAAACAGCGUCCUUAAAUGUUUUCUGAAGAUAAAUAAAAUCUUAGAAGCUUAAAAGUUCACAGUUUCUUCAAUAGCCACGGUGACCCGAGUUCCCCUCUCCCAGUGCAUUUGAGUGGCUGCUCUUCUUCCCGUCUCUCCCUUUCCAGUUUUGCUUAUACUACUGUAAUAGUUUUGCUUAAAAAAAAAAAAAAAAAAAGACCAGCUAAGAUUUAUCGACUUUUCAAAUUAAUUUGUGAAU